CUCUCUCUCGAGUCUCUCUGCUCCAAGUAAAACUUCAAGUCCAUACUCAUGGAAGAUCGUCAAAACGAUCAAAACGAUGACGUUUUCUCCUUCUUCUCUCCUCCUUACGAAUCUACUUUCUCCGCCGCGACUCCAUCCACGCUUUUCAACCGUUCAGCUUACUCCUCCUCAUCUUCCUCCGGCGACGAUGAAUCUCAGCCUUCCGUCGAUGACAGCAACAAACGAAUCGAUUACAUGAUCCAAUUUCUAGACCGGAGACUAAGCGAAGACGGUAAUCACGACGGGAUCGGUGAUGGAAACGGCCCCGAUUCGCUACCGGAAUUUGUUGGUAAGUGUGGUGAAUCUGGGAUCUUCAAAGUUCCGAUUAGGUCAGCCGUUCAUCCGAAUCGACCACCGAGUCUUGAUGUGAGACCUCAUCCGUUGAGAGAAACUCAAAUUGGGAGGUUUUUGAGGACGAUGACGAGUACUGAGAGACAAUUAUGGACUGGUGGUGAGGAUGGUGCGUUGAGAGUUUGGGAGUUUAGUGAAUUGUAUGGAAGUGGGAGGGGAUUAGAGGUAGAGGAUACGGCGCCGUAUAAGGAGAGUUUAGGGAAUGAGAUUGGGUCUGCUGUUGUUUGUAUGAUUGGUGAUGAAGGUAGUAGAGUUGUUUGGAGUGGGCAUAGAGAUGGGAGGAUUAGGUGUUGGAGAUUGAGAGAUGAUCAUGGUAUUGAAGAAGCUUUGUCGUGGCAAGCUCAUCGUGGUCCGGUUCUCUCCAUUGCCAUUUCGGCUUAUGGAGAUAUAUGGUCAGGGUCUGAGGGAGGCGCUCUUAAAGUUUGGCCCUGGGACGCUCUUGGGAAGUCUCUCUCUUUGAAGAUGGAAGAAAGGCACAUGGCUGCGUUAUCUGUAGAGAGAUCGUAUAUUGACCCUAGGAACAUGGUUUCGGCCAAUGGAUUUGCUAAUACAUUAACGUCAGAUGUGACAUUCCUUGUAUCUGAUCAUACAAGUGCAAGAGUCUGGAGUGCUAGUCCCCUAACGUUUGCUUUAUGGGAUGCUCGCACUAGGGAUUUGAUCAAAGUAUUCAAUAUUGAUGGGCAGCUCGAGAAUCGAACUGAAAAUUCUGUGUAUCCUGAUUUUGGGAGUGAGGAAGAGGGCAAGAUGAAAAUAACUGCUUCAAAGAAGGAGAAAGCUCAAUCUUCUCUUGGUUUCUUUCAGCGGUCUCGUAAUGCUCUUAUGGGAGCAGCUGAUGCUGUUCGUCGUGCUGCAACGAAAGGGGGGUUUUGUGAUGAUAGUAGGAAAACUGAGGCUAUUGUUAUAUCAGUUGAUGGACUUAUUUGGACAGGAAGUUCAAAUGGCGUACUUAUGCGAUGGGAUGGAAAUGGUAAUUGCUUGCAAGAGUUCUCAUACCAGUCCUCUGGUAUUCUAUGCAUGUUCACUUUUUGUUCUCGACUGUGGGUUGGUUAUUCCAACGGCACUGUUCAGGUAUUGGACCUUGAGGGAAAGCUUCUUGGUGGAUGGGUAGCUCAUAGUGGACCUGUAAUAAAAAUGGCUAUCGGGGCUGGUUAUUUAUUUACCCUUGCAAAUCAUGGUGGUAUUCGUGGAUGGAAUGUUACUUCUCCUGGGCCCCUUGACAAUGUACUGCGGGCCGAGUUGGCUGGGAAAGAAUUUUUAUAUUCAAGGAUAGAGAAUCUGAAAAUACUAGCUGGUACAUGGAAUGUUGGAGAGGGCAGAGCGUCAACCGACUCACUUGUAUCUUGGCUUGGUUGUACUGCAACUGGAGUUGAGAUCGUAGUUGUUGGACUGCAAGAAGUUGAAAUGGGAGCAGGAGUUCUUGCAAUGUCCGCAGCAAAAGAAACAGUGGGACUUGAGGGUAGUCCCCUUGGUCAGUGGUGGCUGGAUAUGAUUGGGAAAACUUUGGAUGAGGGUUCAUCGUUUGUUCGUGUGGGCUCUAGGCAACUGGCAGGGUUGCUCAUUUGUGUAUGGGUUAGACAUGACCUUAAACCUUACGUGGGAGAUGUUGACGCCGCUGCGGUUCCUUGUGGUUUUGGACGAGCAAUUGGUAAUAAGGGUGCUGUAGGUGUGCGACUCAGAAUGUAUGAUCGAGUACUGUGCUUUGUAAAUUGUCAUUUUGCUGCACAUCUAGAUGCUGUUAACAGGCGAAAUGCUGACUUUGACCAUGUUUAUCGAACAAUGACCUUCUCACGGCAGUCUAGUUCACUCAAUGCGGGAGUUGCUGGAGCGUCAUUUGGUGUUUCAGUGCCUCGUGGUGGCAAUGCUACGGGUGUCAACAUAGUUGAAGCAAGGCCUGAAUUAUCGGAGGCAGACAUGGUCAUAUUUCUUGGAGAUUUUAAUUACCGUUUGGAUGAUAUAACUUAUGAUGAAACAAGGGAUUUCAUUUCUCAAAGAUGUUUUGAUUGGCUAAGAGAAAAAGAUCAGCUACACGCUGAAAUGGAAGCUGGGAAUGUUUUUCAAGGGAUGCGUGAAGCAAUUAUCAGGUUCCCUCCAACAUACAAGUUUGAAAGGCACCAAGCUGGUCUAGCAGGAUAUGAUUCCGGAGAAAAGAAGCGGAUUCCUGCCUGGUGUGACAGGAUUCUAUAUCGCGAUAACAAGAAACAUUUGGGAGCUGAGUGCAAUUUGGAUUGUCCAGUGGUGUCUUCUAUAUCACAGUAUGAUGCCUGCAUGGAUGUGACAGACAGUGACCACAAGCCCGUCCGCUGUGUAUUUAGUGUCAAGAUUGCCCGGGUCGAUGAGUCUGUCAGGAGACAAGAAUUCGGGAACAUCAUAAACUCGAAUAAGAAAAUCAAAGUUUUGCUUGGAGAGUUAAGCAAGGUUCCAGAAACAAUUGUCAGCACCAAUAAUAUUAUUCUCCAAAAUCAGGAUUCAACUAUUCUACGUAUCACAAAUAAGAGUGAGAAGAACAUCGCUUUCUUCAAAAUAAUUUGUGAAGGUCAAUCUAACAUCGAGGAGGACGGUCAGGCACAUGAUCACCGAGCAAGAGGCUCUUUUGGGUUUCCCCAGUGGCUGGAGGUGUCUCCAGGAACUGGCACAAUCAAACCAAACCAAAUAGCCGAGGUAUCAGUUCAUCUCGAAGACUUCCCAACAGUAGAAGAGUUUGUAGACGGUGUUGCACAGAAUUCUUGGUGUGAAGACACAAGAGACGAGGAAGUCAUAUUGGUCCUUGUGGUUCACGGAAGAUUCUCGACUGAGACAAGAAAGCAUAGAAUCCGUGUGCGUCACUGCCCUCGUGGUGGACCUGCAAAGAACCAUUUCAAUGAUAGACCCAAAACCUCGGUACAAAUAAACGCUCUUCUUCGCUCCGAUUAUCAUCAGCUAAGCAAUACUCUUGAUGUGGUUGAGCAGCUAAAGAACUUGCACAGUCCAUAGAUCCAUUUUUAAGUGUACAGUGAGACGAACAGAAGGAGAAAGCAACCUCUUUGACGUGUUAAGUAAUUGUAACUCGUUUUUGUGUGUUUAAUGGGAAAAUUUGUGUGGAAAAAAAAAGAAGAAGAUUAGCUUCUUACGUUUUUUGUUAAAGAGGCUAAUUACGUUGCUUAUGCAGGGAAUAUGUUCUACAAGUGUUAUUUUGUUUUAAUUCUCCGUAUGAGUAAUGUGUAACAUUAUUGUAACUAAUGAUCAUUCUGAUACUUUAUGUACUUAUAAACGAAGCUCUUUUGAAUUGGUAUUUAACUGUAGUGCUUUGUGUUUUCUUAGUUUUGUCAUUUGUGAUUGUGUAAAACUAUAGAAGCAAUAAUGAGUUACCACAAUU